AUGUUAAGCCUGACUGUUCGAAGAAUGGCGAGCUCCCACCGCGUCGCAGUUCUCCUCGCCGGAAGCGGAGUCUAUGAUGGAAGCGAAAUUCACGAGGCUUCAGCUGCUCUUGUCGCUCUUUCUCGCCACAAUGCCCAGAUAUCCUGCUUUGCUCCAGACAAGCCACAACUGCACGCGAUUAACCACUGUGCAGGAGCACCACACGAAGAGAAUCGAAACGUUCUCCAAGAAAGCGCUAGAAUCGCCCGUGGAAAAGUCACUGAUCUUGCUCAACUCAAAGUCGAAGAUUUCGAUGCUCUCCUCGUUCCAGGUGGUUUCGGCGCGGCGAAGAAUCUCUCUGACUGGGCUCUCAAAGGUCCUGAUUGUACGGUCGAUCCAACUGUAGCCCAGACGAUCACUCAAUUCCACGCAGCAAAGAAGCCACUUGCUUUUUGCUGCAUUGCCCCUCAUUUGGCUGCGAAACUGAUUCCUGGCUGCACCGUUACUGUCGGUUCCGCUGAUUCUCAGGGCGGCAAGUGGCCAUAUGCUGAAGUCGCGGGAGCGAUCGAAAAAUUGGGAUGCAAGCAUGUCGAAAAAACCGUCGCGGAAACUUGCGUUGACGAGGAGAACAAAAUUGUCACCACUCCCGCCUUUAUGUAUGAAGGUGCGUUCCAUGAAAUCCACGAUGGAGUUUCGAAGAUGGUCGAAGAUCUUCUCAAACUCUGCUAG